CUCUUUUCAGUAUCAUAAACCACGCCCACUCAUAACCUACUUGCAGCUGAAAUCUAGCAGGUGAGACAGAGCUGCUCGGAUCUUACCAAGAUGAGUCUUCCUGACAUCAAAUCAUCACGGAAACUGGCAGUCGAGCCUUUAAAGCAGUGCUCCGUCGUGCAGCUGAAUGUCGGCGGUCAGGUAUACACCACCACUCUGGUGACCCUGCGCAGAUUCCCCAACUCAAAGCUGGCUGAGAUGUUCAGCGUGCCUUCCAAACUCAUAAAGGACGCAGAGGGUCGCUGUUUUGUAGACCGUGAUGGGAUGCACUUUAGGGCAAUUCUUGAGUACCUCCGUUCAGAGGAGGUUCCAACUAAAAAUUUGCAGGAGGUUCACAAGGAGGCAGUGUAUUAUGGUAUAAAACCCCUGGUGAAGCUCCUGGAGGAGUCUCCACAGUUUUUUGGUGAGAAGGUCGGAAGGCAGCAGUUUUUGUCCCAUGUGCGCAACUACCACGAGAAUCUGGAGGUCCUCAUCAGGGUGGGCAGAGCUGAAGCCAUGGCCUCGCGAUACUCAGUAAUAAUCAUGUGUGUCCUAAAGACAGACAAUGACCUGGCGAGGUACAACGACGCUAUGGUCAGUCUUGAUACAAGGAAGGAAUCUAUAGUGACCUUUGGCCCCUGGAAUGCUCAAGCUACUGUGGAGGAUCUUCUGGAUUGCAUAAAAAUGGACAUCGAGGCAAAAGGAUAUAAAGUGAGCAUUAAACCACACAGCACAGAGAAAGCCUUUCUGUUUAAGAGCUAUGAUUUCUUCUAUAAGCUGACUUUUACUUGGUGGUGACUAGUAAUUUUGGUUCUGGCCUGUUAAGUGUAAGUAGAAUGUAUUUAGGUAGUGGUAAACAGAGGUCAGGAAUCUUAAUCAAAUCCACCUACAAACACUUGAGGUAAGAACACUAUGUUAUCUAUUAGUCUAAAAGACCCACCUAUAUUGCAGACAUGUGUCAUAUAGGGCUUGUUCAGGAUCUUUGUUGGCAGCUGUAGCCACCCUUGUUUAAUAUUUACUCUAGUUUGUACCAGCCCAUUACAUCAUGUGACCACAAUGUGCUCACAAAAAUGUUCUUUUGCAGAGUUUCCAAGAAACCAAUAUACAACAGACAGAAUAUUUUUCCCAUAGCGGUGUGAAAUUGUACAAAACAUUUGAUAUCUUUGAGAUGUCCGUUAAGUAAUUGAUAAAACACAACAGAGUGUGCCAUUUAAAAGGAAAGAAUUCAUUCAUGUGAGGUGUGAUACAACCCAAUAUGAUUUUAUUAUUUUCCUACAGAUGUAUGUUGUUUUAUUCCAGUAAAUAUACCACAGCAAUUUGCCAAGGAUUAAAAUUCAAACGUAUUAAUGAAUGACACUGUGUUUUUUAAAAAAGAAAAAACAUUUAUAUUUGCAAUUAAAGUCAUGGGAAAUCCACAAGACAAGUGAGUUCCUGUUGUCACUUCCCGUUGUCCUUCCAAAAAUGUUAAAUAAACUUCUCCUUACAGAAAACUUCACUGCUAAAUUUAAAAAAAAAAAAAGAAUUUAAAUUUGUUUACUAUUAGGCUUUGAUCAUGUGGUGCGACUUCCAUACAACUCGCUGUGACUAAGCUGCUAUAGAAUGGAUAAUUUAAUAGAAACCGCUGUAGUGUGUUCAUAUAAACACGUCAUUUGUAAUACAGGAAGUAGUAUCUGAGCUGCUGGUAUAGAAAAUUAAUCCAUGCGGUCAGUUUGGAGAAUUCAUCAGCGCUCUGGUAUAAUGUGUAUAAUGUAUAGUGGAAGUGAAUUUGUGUGAAUGCUCACGUAAGAACGUAUAUAACGUUCUUAUAUAUUUAUUUACUAUUGGUAUAUGCUAAAGGUAUAUUUACACCUCAUAUUCAAAAAUGAUGAGCAGUACUGGAUAUUAGUUUAUUACAGCUCACAUUUUUUUUUAAAAAGAUGUAAUUAUUGUGUACUUUAUCAUUCACAUUUUAUACUGGAUCAGAAAUAACUGCUUUCAGAUUGGACGCUUUAGCAUAUAUUUUUCUGUACAUUUUUUCUACAUUUCAAACUGUGUAUGGACACAUUAGCAUUAACAUUUUUAAGCCUUUUUUU